AUGUUAGGGACCGGGACAGAUUACCGCUAUCGAGUAACGACAAAAAGCAAUGGUAAUCAUUACCUAACGGUAUCGACUUUCGCUCCGAGGCCGAGACAACUGUGCAGUGCGGAACUAGCGGCGGUGCUCGCGGACUACGCCGGCCGAUGGAUGGAUUGGAUGGAGGAGCCGGCGCUGCGGAUGCGCCGCAGUGCAGGCGGGGCGCGGGCGGGAGUACGGGGCGCGGGGCGGGGGCGGUCAAGGCCGCCAGGCGCACGCGGCGGGCAGGCGACGCCGCCGGCCGAGGCUCAGUUGUGCCCGCGAUCUCCCGGUCGUCGACCGCGCGAGUAUGAGCGCGCGCCCGUCUCGGCACCCGCCGCACUCCCGCACUCUUCUGUGACGCUCGACGACAAGGUGAUGCGUGGGUGGUGCGGGGCGUGGUGCGGGUCACGCGCACGCGUGCGGUGGCUGGCGGCGCUGGUGUGCUGGGGCGCGCUGCUGGUGGUGGCGCUGCCGCGCCUGCAGCCUCCCACACCGCGCCGCGCGCCCCCCGCGCCUCCCGCGCGCCUCCUGCUUCAGUCGGAGGCGGCCACCUCUACGCCUGCGCCGCCGCCCACCGCGCACCCUUCACCCGCCACAGACGCGCGCGUGCUCACCGAGGAGCAGCUGCGCGCCGACGCCGAGCGCCGCCUGCCCUCGCUGCCCCUCGCCUACUGGCACAAGCACCAGAACGACAAGAACAAGUUCUUCAAGAAGAAAGACUGCGCCCCUUUCCCUUCCAUUUAUGAGCUAGAAUUCCACAAUACGUACUGGCAGACGCUUCACACCGAUACUGGCGUAUUUCACUUCUACGGCGCUUAUUUGGACGACCGCAACACAUCGCGCAUCGGGCCUGCCGUACGCAUCCUGGCCGUGCACGACCGCAUUAAGCCUACAGUGGUGACUCAUUGCCAGCUGUGGUUCGAGGAGCGCGAGGCGCCUGUGGUAGUGCGCAACCUGGAGUAUAAGUACGUGUGGAACAGCAAAUGGGGCAACUACCGAGACCGCGUGCUCCAGCCCUACCUGAUGGCGUGCGUGCUGCCGGCUGACGUGCGCCACCUCGUGCCGGCCUCCGUGUCGAUAGUGCAGGCUCCGUGCGACCGCGCCACCAACAACUUGCGUGUGCAUCAUGACCGUCCGCCGACUGAGGCGCGCAAGGACUUUGCGAUAUGUGUGAAGGGCUUAGAUUUUCUGCAUGAGGACUUAUCCGUGCGCCUAGUGGAGUGGAUCGAAUUGGUGAGGCUUCUCGGCGCCGACAAAGUGUUUUUCUACGAACUCCAGGUGCAUCCUAACAUCACGAAAGUGCUAAAUUACUACACCGAACAGGGCGUGGUGAGCGUGACGCCUAUUACGCUCCCCGGUGGCCAGCCCAACCUGCCGGGGCUGCAGCAUAUGUAUCUCAAAAAGAAAACGACGCACAAGCGUCAGAUGGAACUGAUACCGUACAAUGACUGCUUGUACCGUAACAUGUACCGGUACCGGUGGCUCGCAUUGCUCGACAUCGACGAGGUCAUCGUGCCUCUCGAAGACGCGGACUGGAGCGCGCUCAUGCGCCGCGUACUGCCGCUGAGCACGCCGUUGCAGGGCAAACCUCCCCGUUCGUCCUACCACGCCUCCAACCUGUACUUCCUGGACUCGCUGCGACACGAGCACGGCUGGGAGGAGGGCGUGCCGCACUACAUGCACAUGCUGCAACACGUGUACCACACGCGCAACUUCACCAAGCCCGGGCAGUACGUGAAAGCAUUCCACGAGACGGAGCGCGUGCUGGCGCUGCACAAUCACUUUCCGCUGGCGUGCCUGGGCGGCGCGUGCUCCAGCUACCCGCUGGAGACGCGGCACGCGCGGCUCCAGCACUACCGCGCCGACUGCGUGACGGCGCUCAGCAAGUCGUGCAAGGAGCUGAGCGAAGCCCCGGUGCGCGACACGGCGCUGUGGCGCUGGCGCGAGCCGCUGGUGGCGCGCGCGGGCGCCGUGCUGCGCGCGCUCGGCUUCCUGCCGCCGCACCGGUGA